ACCGUUUCAGCUUCAAAGCCAACUAGAUUAUCGCUUAAUUGACUCGCGGCUAUUGUUAGUGCUCGACUACCUUACUGAGACCUUUUGUACCGCCGUUGGUCAGCGUCAUAAUUUUCCGCUUUGACUAUAGCUCAAGCCUUCGCAUCGCUAUCUUUACCCUCCUAUCUCGAAUUUGUCCUUCUUCUCGUUGCACCACCUCUCUGCAUCGUGGAGAAGUGUUGGGCUGUUGUCGUCCAUCGAAGUCAAUAACAGCACUUGUCGAAGCCCUACUUUGAGCCCUCGCUGGGGUAGACUACCAUGGCUCUCGAUGCUAUCUUGAAAGAAGUCUGGGCUUUAUACGCCAUAGCUACAUUCAUCAUUUUGGCUCGUUAUGCAGUGCGUCUACGGACUGUCGGUAUCAAGGGUCUUUACUGGGAUGAUUUGCUCUGUUUCGGUGUAUUGAUCUUCAAUACAUCAGACGCUGUUCUCGUUCAUAUUGUCCACUAUACUGGCGAAAGCUCAGAGGUCAAUGCGAAAUGGCUAGAAACUGCUACGCAAGCAGACAUCGACCGCGUAACAUAUGGGUCCAAGCUGGAAUAUGCUGCAUGGUGUAGCUACCCUGCGCUGAUCUGGUGCAUGAAGUUCACCAUGUUGUUCUUCUACAAGCGUCUCACUCUUGGAUCGUUCCACAACAGGCUCAUUAGAUAUCUGUUCUGGUUCACCGGUGUCUGCUACAUUAUUGUCUGGUUUGUGCUCAUUUUCGGCUGCUUCCCCACCCAGAUGAACUGGCAAGUGACACCACAGCCUCCGUGGAAGUGCGCUUUCCGACCUCAAAACUUCCUUGCUGUUGCCAUCCCUAAUAUCUUGACCGACGCCGCUAUCCUUAUGGUCCCAAUUCCCAUGCUUUGGCAGCUGAAGAUGCCUUUGAAGAAGAAGAUCACCAUCGGAGCUGUCUUGUCGUCAGGAUUGUUCGUCAUUGCCGCCGCGAUCAUUCGUGUCGUUCUCUCCCUGGACGCAGCACCAUCUGCUGCUAAUAUCAACGGCUGGGGCGUGCGAGAAACCUUCAUUGGUAUCUUCACCAUCAACAUACCUAUUCUCCGUCCAGUCUUCAGCAGAGCCUUCUGGCUGCCAGGCCCCUAUGAUCCGAACGCUCCCGGCAGGGGAUCGGGAUACGCUGGUCACAACCUACACUCAACCCCAAACAAGUCCUUCAAGGGCACGAAGCUCGGCAGCGAGAUUGACAAGUUAGCCGGAGCCAACGAAUACGAACUUCACUCCAGGACCCCAGUGUCAGACAACUUCGAUCUUGAAAGCAAUGCAUCAACAGAAAAGAUGGUUCACACAAGGAGUAAUCGUAGUCAAGACUACAGAUACGACGUAGAAGAUGGCGUCCGGGUAGAGACUUCGUACGCUAUCCGCACGACACAUCGCGAUGAGGAGACAGGAUCGAUGGGCGGUACUUGGAAUCACAUUGGCUUGCCGAAAUGAGGUCGAUGAACAUGCCUCUGUUUAUGCUUGGGCCAAAAAGUUUCUACGUAAUAAUCGCU